GGCGAGGCGGCGGGGCGCCUCCCGACAGUGGUCCUCGGGCUCGGGCAUGGCCGUGGGGCGAUGACGGGCGCGGCGGCGGUCGGCGGUGGUGCCGGGAGGACCCGCCGUGCGGCGGCCGGCAAGGACGGGGGCCGGUCGCGGAGCGCCCAGCCGCGGGCGGCGGGGGGCGGCGGCGGCGGCGGCGGCUCGGAGGAGGAGGAGCAGGAGCAGGAGCAGCAGCGGGACGGCGGCUCCCUCUUCCUGGUGAACAAGAGCGGCUUCCCCAUGGACGGGCAGACCUGGGAGCGGAUGUGGGGCCACGUGGAGAGGGUGCACCCCGACGGCGGCGCCGUGGCAGCGGCCAUCCGGAGCGCCGCCCGCCUGGCUCGGCCCUCAGUGCCACCGGUGCCAAACUACAAGCUCUCCAUGUCAAUCCCAGAAUGGCUCCAGGCAGUACAGACCUACAUGAAGAUGCUGCAAUACAAUCACACAGGAACACAGUUCUUUGAGAUUAGAAAAACCAGACCUCUAAGUGGGUUAAUGGAGACAGCAAAAGAAAUGACCAGGGAGUCUUUACCUAUCAAAUGCCUUGAAGCAGUUAUCCUGGGGAUCUACCUAACCAACGGGCAGCCCUCUGUGGAGCGAUUCCCCAUCAGCUUUAAAACCCACUUCUCAGGGAACUAUUUUCAUCACGUGGUGCUCGGGAUUUACUGCAACGGCCGGUACGGCUCGCUGGGCAUGAGCAGGCGGUCAGACCUGAUGGACAAACCUCUGACUUACCGGACUCUGAGCGACCUCAUCUUUGAGUUUGAAGACUCCUAUAAAAAGUACUUGCAUUCAGUCAAAAAGGUGAAAAUCGGGUUGUACGUCCCGCAUGAACCGCACAGCUUCCAGCCCAUUGAGUGGAAACAGCUCGUCCUCAACGUGUCCAAAAUGAUGCGCACGGAAGUCAGGAAGGAGCUCGAGAAGUUUGCCAGGGAUAUGAGAAUGAAGAUCCUGAAACCCUCAAGUGCCCAUUCUCCAAUGAAAGAGAGAUCACGGGGGAAGUCGUUGUCCCCGCGCCGAAGGCAAGCCAGCCCUCAGAGACGGGCCUGCAGGAGAGACAAGUCGCCUGCCGCGGUGGACAAGAAAGGAGACCUGGCUACGCUCAACGAGGUCGGCUACCAGCUCCGCAUCUAACAAAGCCAUAUGCUGGACAGAGGGCUUCCUGGUGCUUCCCGCUGCACUUUACCUGCACUCCGGUGGAAGGAAAAAAGGAAUGGGACAAUUUAUUAACUUGUGGACUCUUAUGGUGCAAGUUUUACCUAGAAAAUAGAAUGGGGGGGAAUUUGGUUUUGGUGGCAGUAUUUAUUCUACUUCAACUUAUAGAAAAGGCAUCAGUGCAGAGGAACCUACAAUGAGGUUUGCCAGGAUAUGACGUUUUUUUCCCCUUCACCAUGAAGCAGAUGACUCCAGUGGUGUGAGAGUUUCUUCAAAUACAAGUAUUAAUUGAACUGGGGCAUUUUGCUGGGUAGUAGCAAUGGGAAAACUAAGAAAUCAGUAUUCUUAGUGUUAAGAUGUGCUGGGGUGCAGUGCGGUUAAAACAAAUCCUAGUCAGUAUUAAUAUUCAGUUCAGCAAUAAAAGCAAGCAGUGCAGAAGUGGCAUGAGUUUUUAAAGUCUCAAGAUUACCUCACUAAACUUAAUAGAUAUGCAAACCUGUCAGUAUUGUUGUUUUGUAACUGAUUUGUACUGUUUCCCAGCAUUUCUGGUAGUAUUAAACCAGCACUGGAUGUUUUACUGCCACCUCUAUUACUAUUUUGUGCAUGUUGCUGGAAGCUGUUAAGUAAUAGUAAUAUGCAAAGUGUAUUCUUAAACACUGACAUCUUAUUAGGCAAGAUAGGAGGGUUUGGGUUUUUAACUGAUGAUAAUAAUGAAUUUUUAAACUUUCAUAAGUUUUUUAUACUUUGUCACAAGCUUUUCAUCUCUCUGGACUAUUCUGCUGAAGCACAAAACAUAGAGAUAGCUGUUGUAGAGACAAGCAUUCACCUCUCAGUCUGUCUUAUUUCUUGUAUAUGUUCCUGGAAUAAUGCUAACCUGAGCCCACAUGCUUCUCUUUCAGCAGUUGGUGUAGCUUUGAACCUUGUCUUUGAAAGGCUGAGCAGUCUCAGACGGUGAUGCCUUGACAUCUUAUAUUGAGAUCAGGCAUUGCAGGCUGAAGUUAACCUUCUGCCGUGCUGCUGUAGGGAGUUUUUCCUGGAUGUGUUGUAGUAAUAACAACAGCUUAGACCUGAAUAAGGAAGCUUUAAUGGCUGAAAAUCAAGCUUGUCUGCUUCCUCCCUACUCAGUCCUUUUGUUCUAAGACUUAGCUGAGGACCUCUGAUGGACACCGGCCUUCUCAAGUGACGCGGUAAGACUUUCACCGGGGUCUGCCUUUUGCAUUAGUGAAGUUCUCUGAUGAGUGCUGCAUUCCUGAAACUAUUUCAUUAGGUGCCUAAAUAGAAACUGGAUUAUUGUACAAGUCCAGCCUUUACCCUUUGUGCUGUGCUUGUAGAUGAUACUGCCAUGGGCCUUGUGUACCUCCCCUCCUGGGCACUGACUUUCUUGGGAUCUCGAUGAAGACAUGACAUUGUAAGACAGUGACAAUAAUGCUUACUCAAACUGAAGGAUUUAAGCUCCUAGAACACUUCUGUCAGUCAGCAACUGAAUGAAUACAGGAGAUGAUUGCUUGUCCACAGACCUCAUUGCUCAAAAAAGUCAGUGAAUCUCCCCUACCUAGGACAGGAGGACAAAGACCCAGCAACCUUCUACAACCGGUGGAAGGCUUUCUACUAAUGAGCUUGCAGAAAGUCUUAGAAAGACUUGUCUAAUGUAUUACAUACACUUGUUUAUACAAAUUACCAUAUCAGUUACAGGGAGGCCUUUCCCAUUCCUCCUUCUCUCAACUUUCCCACUCCUGUGUUCACCAUCAGGAUUUGUGUGGUUCAGGAGCGAAGUUGGAGAGAGGGAAAUACUCUUUUGGUAGGAAUUCCUGUACAAUUUACACCAGCGGCAGCGUCUCACUGUUAAACUUUGUGCUGCUUAGUAUCUUGUGACCUAUACAGGUUUUUUUCCAUGUAUCCCUUGGAUAAAAUGAUGUGAAAAACUUACUUGGAUCAGCUGGAGCCUGUAGCACAAAGUUACCAGAUACGUUGCAAGCUUUUUCUAUGAAACCAUGGUUUACUUCAGCUCAAGUAAUGGUGGUUGUGUAUAGUUUUUACCACUGUCCACCACACUUGAGUUAUUUUAACCUCUAACUUAGCACUGAAACUUUUGAAUGCUGUAGAGGCAUGUGACAAAUUGCUUUUGGUUCCUGUUUUGCAGUUCAGGUGAAAUACUCUUCACGAUGAUGGCAUUUGUCUUAAGUGUGGUUCUAGUGACUGCAAAGUGGUCAAAUAAUGUAGGAAACAUGCAUGACUUCUGGGCUGGGGUUUUUCUACAUCACUUGUAUGUUUAUGCACAGCAUGAAACUUCAAUAAAAGGAUCAUGGUA